CUCGGUUACGAGCCGCAGUAUACACAACAUUAUAGUUGGAGCAGACGUCGACUCUCGCGGUGUACUUCUUUCUCUCUCUCUCUGUCUCUGUCUUUCUCUCUCCACCUCAUGCCUUCAAAUCCACUGCGGCUACUGCUGCCAUACUAUGUUAUGUUGAGAAAUUGAGUCAUGCAUAGUUAGUUCGCUCGUGUAAUAUAUUCGCUUGAGACGUUUAAUUGACGUUGAAUAGUCGCGUGCGUUUGUGCCUCCAUUAAAAUAGCUACACGUGCGUAUUACCACUUGGCUUCUUACAGUGUCCGAGUGCCUGUGUGCAUACAUUACUCUGUAAUACAUUCGAAAACGAGCCGACACUGGCCUGAUUGGGGCCCGCGUUUGAACGCUUUAACCGUGCAGAGUAAUACAUAACUUUACGAUCCGACGAGCAAAAACAAUCGUGCUCAAUACGAGAAGACAUUUGCACAGACAUGAGAUUCGAGUGUGUUCGCUGCUCGAAGCACGUGUUCUCCUGGACGCUGCCAGUGCUGCUACUGGCUUUCCUCUCGCCUGGCAAAUGCGAUUUUCCCUCCUUCAACGAAGUCGUCGACGCCUUUCAGCUGAUUUGGCAAAGCUCCCAUGACGACGCGACCGCCAGACCGCCGACUUAUAAAUCGCUCAGCAAGGCCACAGAUAAUCCUGAUGUCGAUCUUACCACGCCGGAAAUGAUUAGACGGGAAGGCUACUCGUCGGAAGCGCACGUGAUAAUGACCGAGGACGGCUAUCUGUUGACGAUGCACCGAAUACCUGGACGAGGACCGGCGGUUUUUCUCCAACACGGUCUUCUGGCCAGCUCGUCCGACUGGGUUAUACCGGGCAAGAAUAAAGGCUUAGCGUUCAUUCUGUCAGACCUGGGCUACGACGUCUGGAUGGGUAAUGCGCGCGGAAACACCUACUCUCAUGGCCACGUUAACUACACCACUCACGACUUGAGAUACUGGGAUUUUAGCUGGCAAGAAAUGGCCAAGUACGACUUACCCGCGGAGAUAAAUUAUAUUGUGAGAAUAAAAAACGCCAGCCUGAUGUACAUUGGACACUCGAUGGGCACGACCAUGUUUUAUGCGAUGGCGAUCGAUCGUCCCGACGUAGCCAAGAGCGUCAAAGCGAUGUUUAGCUUGGCUCCCAUCGCCUUCAUGAAUCACUUGAAGAGCCCGGUGAGAAUACUCUCGUACUACUUGAGCGAGAUCCAGUGGAUAAUCCGAGUUCUGGGAGAGGGCGAAUUUCUGCCGCAGAACUGGCUAUUGAAAUUUUUCGCCAGGCACGGAUGCGACGUCAACGUUUCCGAGGAAAAAAUUUGCGCAAACACGCUGUUCCUGAUUUGCGGCUUCGACGCCUCGCAAUUCAAUUAUACCCUUUUGCCGGUGAUUUUGAGCCAUUCUCCGGCUGGAGCGUCGACCAAAACGUUGAUUCACUACGGGCAAGAAAUCAAGUCUGGAAAUUUUCAGAGAUACGAUUACGGAAAGUAUAAAAAUCUCCAGAUAUACAAUAGUACCGUACCGCCCCAGUACGACUUGUCGAAAGUUCAAGUGCCCGUGGGCAUUUUUUGGUCGGAGAACGAUUGGUUGGCUAGUCCCAUCGACGUGCAACGCUUGUACAAAUCUUUACCCAAUAAGAUUAUAAACUACAAGGUUGAUUAUCCCAAGUUCAAUCAUCUUGACUUUUUAUGGGCGGUCGAUGCACCAAAAUUAGUUUAUAAGAAAUUAGUAGCUACAAUGGAGGAAUUUAGAAAUUUAUGAAAAGUAGAGCAAAUAUUGGCUUAUGUUGUUUUAUAUUUUCUUAUUUUUAUAUAUUAUAGACGUACUCCGUUAGAAAAGGGGAAAAUGUAGCAUAUUUUGUCCGUUUUUUUUUUAACAAUAAUGAUUUAUCUAUGUAAAUAAAUACAUAAUUUCAUCAUGUAAAUAAAAAAAGUAUC